AUGAGCAGCCCAAAGCGAAGAAUCGAGACCGACGUCAUGAAGCAAGAAUUUUACGUGCGCUUCAAGGGCCCCGAAGAAACACCGUUCGCUGGCGGUCACUGGAAGAUUCACGUCGAGUUGCCCGAUCAAUAUCCCUACAAGAGUCCUAGCAUUGGUUUCGUAAACCGGAUCUUCCACCCGAAUAUCGAUGAAUUAUCUGGCUCAGUGUGUCUUGAUGUCAUCAACCAAACCUGGUCGCCAAUGUACGAUAUGAUCAAUAUUUUCGAGGUUUUCCUCCCUCAGCUCCUGCGGUAUCCAAACCCUUCAGACCCUCUCAACGGCGAGGCUGCUGCGAUGUUAAUGAGGGAACCCAAGAGUUACGAGGCCAAAGUAAAAGAAUACGUGGCCAAGUAUGCUAGCAAAGAGGCCGUUGAUGAAGCCGGAGAGGAUACAGAGUCCGAAGAUGAACUAAGCUCGGCUGGAAGUUACGAAUCUGGUGGUGAGGAGCCGGCUGGCACGAUGGAUGACGUGUAG